AUGAUUUGGUUGUGGAGUCUAUUCAUUCGGGCGCAUAAAAAUGACCUCGAGUUCAGUGACCUUUACCGGUGCCCCAAAUCAGAUGAGACACAUCGGGUCCGACAUAAGCUGGAAAUCAAUUGGGAUAAACAAUUGAAAAGUAAAGGAAAAUCAUCGCUUUAUUGGGCACUAUUCGCAUCGUUCGCACCCGAAUUCAUAGUUCUGUGUAUACCCGAUGCAAUUAGGGAAGUGGGACUAAACUUGUUUCAAUCGUAUUGUAUAGUUUAUUUGGUGAGAUAUUUCAACAAUGACCCCAACACUAGCCAGUGGUGGGCACAGUGGGCAGCCGUGGGUAUUGUGCUGACGUCCAUUGUCAGCAUGUUAAUCGUACAUGUGAAUUUGGCCACGUGCAGCAAAGUUGGGCUCAGAAUCCGUGCCGCCUGUUGUGCCCUAAUCUACCGCAAGUUUAUGUACCUCUAUAUAAAGGCAAUGCGUUUAAGUCACUCAUCACUCGGACAGACAACCGUUGGCCAGAUAUUGAACAUUAUGUCUAACGAUGUCCACAGAUUUGAUGAGCUUGCAUUUAAUUCGCGAUCAUUGUUUGUGGCGCCACUGCAGGCAACUGUUGUGACAUACCUAUUGUGGCCAUACCUUCGGUGGGCAUGUUUAGCGGGAAUGGGAAUACUUGCGCUGUUUAUACCAUUUCAAGUACUAAUGAGUCGUAUGUUUCGAAGAGUACGCCAAAAGACGGCCGAAUUAACCGACAGUCGAAUCCGUUUAAUGCAUGAGAUUAUCGCCGGAAUGCGUGUCAUAAAGAUGUACGCCUGGGAACAGCCCUUCGCACUGUUGGUCGCAACCGCUCGCAAGUCUGAAGUGAAACAAAUACUCAUCAAACGUAUCCAGAAUUUUCUAUUACUCGAAGAGAUGAGUGGUUUGGAUGAGAGGGAAGGGAAAGACAACGAGGCGUUCAUUUCGGGGAAAAAUGAGAUAAUUCUCGGAGUAAUGGAAAACACUUCGAGUAAUGAAGAAAAAGGCGUUUUUAUGGACAAAAUGAGCGUUCGUUGGAAUAAU